CGUAAAAUGUAAACAUACCUGUUACUAAGCUAGUAGCAAGUCAUCAAACUUAGACUGAAAGUUCGUGUGUGUGAGAGAGAGAUUUACUGUGCUUCGAAGGGCUUAUAACUUUAAUGUGAGCUUAUAGAAGUUGUGAAUGAGUUGCUGUCGGUUCUUAAUUAUCCAUGGAGCAAAAGCUGGCAGAGUUCAGAGCCAGACGACAGGCUGAAAAAGCUGCUCAGAAGAGUGAGACUACUGGUUCACAAUCCAGAGGGGAGACAGCAGCAGACACCGCUGCUCAGUGUGAUAAAACACCCACGGCUGACAGUCUGCAGCCUGAAGACAGGGCACGAAACAACCAGGCUGCGACCGACGGCUCUCAAAGCAGCGAUCGUGGAGACUGGCUGCUGGAUAGCGCUCUGGGAAAGUGGCUAGCUUCCAGACAGUUUGUCAUUUCUAACAUCACUUUACUAAAAGUGCUGCUAUGGCUGGUUCUGCUGGGUCUGUUUGCCGAACUGGAGUUUGGUCUCCCCUUCUUUGUCAUCUCCCUCUUCUACUGGCUUUAUGAAGGACUCCGGAGCCCAGCGCCCCGCAAGCCUGGUGAACUGAGUGCUUAUUCAGUCUUCAAUCCAGACUGUCAACCUCUGCUGGGUGCUCUAACCGCAGAGCAGCUAGAGGGAGAGAUGGGCUACAGACCUCUGGCAAACAGAUGACUUGCCUGUGAUAUGCACAUUGACAUCAAAUAUUUAAAUUUUCAUCUGAAAAAUGUUAACUUUUCUCCCAUUUUUCAGUUGCUGCUUCUGUAUGCCACAUUAAAAUGUAACUGGUCAGCCAAAAGUUUUAUUUCUGUUUCUACUGUAAACUAUUUUGAUAGUGUACACCAGUCAUAUAUAAUGGUUAAAUCAUGAUGGUGGGUUGGCAUGUCUGUAAUACAAGGUUUUUUUCAUUUAAAUAUGGAUGUACUCCUAAUUCUCUGAUCAAUGUGAGUUUAUUUGAAAAUACAGAAACCAUAUUGAGGAUUAAAGAAGAAGAAAAAACAGC